AUGUUUUCCAAAGGUCUAUUCCAAAGCCAGGCGAUCAGAGCCUUGCACUCCACUAGCAAGAGGUCACUCACCAUUCCUUUUCUUUCGACUUUGCCUCAAAACCCAGGCGGUGUUAAAGGCGAUGUAAACGAUGCCUGCCUGCCUCCUCCUUCUCCUGAUAGACUUCACGGGUCUGUACCCUGGGAUGUCGAGCGUGUCUCUGCCGUUGCUUUAAUUCCACUAGUUGGAAGUGCCUUGGCAUCAGGCGGUGACGUCAGCGUUGUGGCCGACUCAAUUCUAGCCACAGUACUGUUAGGCCACGUCUAUGUCGGGUUCCAAUCCUGCAUUAUCGACUACAUUCCUACAAGAGUUUACGGCAAGAACCACAACUAUGCCAUGUACCUAUUGACUCUUGGCUCUUUGUUUGCUGGGGUUGGUAUCUACAAACUAGAAACUGAAGAAAAUGGGCUAACUGGAGUGGUCCAAAAGUUGUGGACCGCCAGCAACCACUCUGAAGAAAAGAAAUAA